AUGUCCAGCCAAGCAAAAGCAUCAGAGAUUUUUGGUCAGUUUGCAUCCACCGGUUCAAAUCAGGAGAAAAUCUUGACCUUGCCCGACUUUAUCGAUAUUUUGGCUCCGUUCCAAAUCGAUAUACCCAAGAAUGCAUUUUCGCUUUUGUAUUUGAUCGCCGACACUGAGAAGAAGGGGUUUGUUAACGAGUCCAACUGGGUCAACUUCAUCGAGACGUUGACGUCACCCGACGGCGAGUACAAAUUGUUAUACAAGUUCUUGUCCAACAGCAACAGCUUGAAUUCGAAAAUCACCUACAGCCAAUGUGUCGACAUCUUGAACAAGAUCAAUGCCUCGAUCGACCCUAGUUACCAGCAAAAAUUGAUCAAGUUGAACUGGAUCUAUUUCCCCAAGUUCUUUGAACCUUCUGGGUCGAUUGAAUUCAACGAUUUCGUGACGUUGAUUAGUUAUUUACCAGUAACGAAGUUAAUUGGUAAUUUUGAAGUGGCUGCCAAUAAGCAGAAACAAGUUUCCGGUGAACAGUUGGUUAAUUUAUUGACAACUACUUUGAACCACAAGCUUUCCGAGAAAUUAAAGAGUAAUUUACACAAUGUUACCGGGUUUUUCAAUGACAAAAAGGAAUAUUCAUUUUCCAAUUUGUUGUUUAUUUAUGACACUUUGAGUAAAGUCGACUUGAUCAACGAAGUCAUUGUCAAUACUCCUCCAACCACCAAGGAUAAGGACGAUAUCAUCAUCAACAAGAGGGACUUGUACAACCAUUUGAACGACCCGUUGUUGAAGUCCGAUAAUUUCAAACCCGUUUCAGUACUAGAAUUGGACUUGUUGUUUUAUCUCAUGAACCAACAAAGUGGCGAUAGCAUUCCAAGAAAGCAAUUGGUUUCCUUUUUGAAUCCAAAUCUUAGCAACAAUGUCAGCUCCUUGGGACCAAUAUUUGAGCACCCACAAAGUCGUCAUUCCACCAAGGAGCCAGGUGACAAUUUCUCCUUGUGGCCAAUCUAUGACUCGCUUUACUCGUUUUUUCUUGGUUCCAUUGCCGGAUGUAUUGGUGCCACCGCUGUUUAUCCAAUUGAUUUGGUAAAGACAAGAAUGCAAGCACAAAAGCACAAGGCACUCUAUGAUAACUCCAUCGAUUGCUUUAAAAAAAUCCUUAGAGCCGAAGGUUUCAAAGGAUUGUACUCGGGAUUAGGUGCUCAAUUAGUCGGUGUUGCUCCCGAAAAAGCCAUCAAAUUGACCGUUAAUGACUUGGUGCGUAGAAUAGGUACCGAUGAAGAUGGUAAAAUCACCAUGAAUUGGGAAAUCCUUGCUGGUUCAUCGGCGGGUGCUUGUCAAGUGAUAUUCACAAACCCGUUGGAAAUUGUCAAGAUUAGAUUGCAAAUGCAAGGUAACACGAAAAACUUGAGCAAACCGGGCGAAAUCCCCAUUAAGCAUUUGAACGCCUCCCAGAUUGUUCGACAAUUGGGUGUAAAAGGGUUAUACAAGGGAGCCAGCGCUUGUCUUUUAAGAGACGUUCCAUUCUCGGCAAUUUAUUUCCCUACAUAUGCCAACUUGAAAAAGCAUUUAUUCGGGUUUGAUCCUAAUGACGCCACCAAGAAGCAGAAACUAUCUACUUGGCAAUUGUUGGUAGCCGGGGCCUUGGCCGGGGCACCGGCAGCUUUUUUCACCACGCCUGCAGAUGUCAUCAAGACAAGAUUGCAAGUUGCCGGAAAGAAGAACGAUAUCAAAUACAAGGGAAUCCUCGAUUGCGGUGCUUCAAUUUUGAAAAAUGAAGGCUUAUCGGCAUUCUUUAAAGGUUCAUUGGCAAGAGUGUUUAGAUCGUCACCGCAAUUUGGUUUCACUUUGGCCUCGUAUGAAUUAUUGCAAAACUUGUUCCCCUUGCAUCCACCAAACACUCGUGAAUCCAAUUUCAAAGCAAUUAGUGGUUACCCUGGAGUUUACAACUUGACAAAUGAUCAAGUUUACAAUUCACAAGAGAAAGGAGAUCGAUUAAUCUAUUUACAGAAAUCAGAAAUAAGCAGCAGCUCAGCAGCAACGUUGGGCCAAGGUCAACAAGAAGACGUCCUUGUCAAAUUGCCAGCUGAUUACACCUACAAGUCUCAAGAUGCCAUUAAGUUACUUUUGGAUAUCGAUUACAAAUUUGGAAAUUUCAAUUACAACUCCUACUUGAACUACAUACAAAAGAAAUAG